AUGGAGUCCAAGAUGUCGGGGAAGAGUUUUCGCGUGAGCGAUGGGGACUGGAUCUGCCCAGAUAAAAAGUGUGGAAAUGUGAAUUUUGCUAGAAGGACAAACUGCAACAGAUGUGGCAGAGAAAAAACAACCGAAGCGAAGAUGAUGAAAGCAGGUGGAACCGAGAUAGGGAAGACCCUUGCUGAGAAAAGUCGUGGCCUUUUCAGUGCCAAUGACUGGCAGUGUAAAACCUGUGGCAAUGUGAAUUGGGCUCGAAGAUCAGAGUGUAAUAUGUGCAACACUCCUAAGUACGCCAAGCUAGAGGAAAGAACAGGCUAUGGGGGAGGUUUUAAUGAGAGGGAGAAUGUGGAGUACAUUGAACGUGAAGAGUCUGAUGGAGAAUAUGAUGAGUUUGGUCGUAAAAAGAAAAAAUACCGUGGGAAGAAUGUUGGAAGCAAACCUAGCAGUGAGAAGAAAGUGGAACAAGAGAAUGAUGAUGAAGAUGACGAUGAAGAUGAUGAAGAUGAGGAGGAUGGAGAUCUUUCAAAAUAUAAACUAGAUGACGAUGAUGAUGAGGAAGACGAUGAUGAGGAUGCAGACCUGUCUAAGUAUGACUUGGACGCUAGCGAUGACGAGGGCAAGUCUUCAGAGAAAAAGGACAGUCGUUCUGGCUCAUCGCGCUCAUCCUCCCGCUCCUCCGGCUCCAGCUCACGGUCCAGGUCCAGGUCCCGAUCCAGAAGUUCAUCCAGUUCCAGAUCAAGGACACGCUCGAGCUCCCAAGACCGAGCCCGGUCACGCAGGUCCAACUCCAGAUCCAGCUCAAGGUCACGAAAGGGGUCAUCCUCUCCAAGGAAAAGGUCUCGUUCCAGCUCCCCAUCAUCCUCCCCAGAAAGAGGCCAGAAACGGAGUCGCUCCAGAUCCUCAUCUGGCGAGAGGAAAAAAAGACGGUCUAGAUCUCGAUCGUCCGAAAGGCGCCGUGGCUUUUCCUCUGGAUCCUCUCACUCUGGCUCCCAAUCGUCAAGUUCCAAAAAGAAAUAGGUUCAGAACAAACAAAAAAAAAAUCCAAAAAAGGAAAACUGAGUAGAUAGCAGUCAAAUUGCAUGUUGUGUUUAAAAGCUACAGAUAAGUUGUUGAUGCUGUUAAAACUGCCCAAGAACGGCAGUACAUGCUCGAUAUUUUUACUUAUAAGUGGCAUGUUGAUCCUCAUUCUUAGUUAAAGCUGCUUGUUCUCCUGUAAUCCGUUCUCGUCACCAUUUAAACAAAAACAAAAAAAAAAAAAAAAAACUCCCGACCUCCCAACAGAUCAUGGAAUCUAUAUUUAACAUUGCUGUUUGAUAUUCUCAGUUGUCAAUGCUCAUUUUAGAUAUAAAGUGCAUAGUACUUUUUCAGAAGGUAAAGCAAAUACGCUGGCUCCUGUGGCAAUUAAAGCUAAAAUAGAGGCAUAGCUAAUUAUCAGGCAAUGAUAAAAAAUUAACGAUGUGCCAGAACCUGAAAACCUAAUACUCCGCCAUUUGAACACAGAUCGUGAAGUGAAAUGAAAUUUCAGAUACACAUAAAAAUAUUUCUGCAGGUGGCAGUCUUACAAACUGUUUUUAUUAGUAAUACCUUGGGUGCAUUGGAUAAGCGUGUUUUGCUGGUCCGGGUCUGUAAAACCGCUCUUCAUGGGGUCUGUAAAGGUAGCUCUGGUUACUUGCAAACGCAAUGAACUUCUUAAACCUCUUUGUUUGAAUUUUAAAGGUAAGUAUUUUUUUUUUAAACUCUAUUGCCUCUGUUAACCAACUCAAAAAUGAAUUGGAUCAGUGACAUUUAAACUGAGCAGUUGAGUGCAGAUGCAGAUUCUGUUGGUCACUGUUUUGUGUGUGCAGCAUCCGAGUAUUCCUUAAUCCUUUUGGAGCAAAAGGAAUUUGAUUAACAUGGAUAAUAGUAUUGUCUCAUCUGAAUUUGCGACCGGGAUUUAAAGGUCAACCUUUGAACAGGUCAUAUAUCCAUGAGGACUGAACUAUUGUUGCUCCAAUUCCCAUCCCAUUUUUUUUUUUUUUGUAAAAUUGCAGAAUUACUGUAGGCAGCAUAAGGUAGUUAAAUUACAUAUCUAAUCCUUUUUUUCUAAAUGACAGCAGUAAUAGAAUGUGAUUAACGUGGUCGCAAUGUAAGCAAAAUGUAAAUA